AUGGCUACAGAAUUGACACAGCUUAUCCAGGCCAAGCUUGAUGAGGCCACAACUCGAUAUGUUGCUCGUAACCCACGCUCCAAGGCCCUCUAUGAAGAAGCCAUCAAGUCAAUGCCGGGAGGAAACACUCGCACAGUCCUCUACGCCAGUCCAUUUCCGAUAGUCAUCAAGUCGGGCAAGGGAUACCAGGUCACGUCUGAGGAUGGACACACGCAAGUCUUAAGCAGGCCGUGCAUACUUGACGUGCGAGUUUACUGCAGCUCUCUAUGGGCAUUCCAACCCCAUCAUCCUCUCAGCCAUAAGGGACCUCAGGAGCAGAUCUUUGCUCGUGAGAUAUGUCAGCGCUUCAGCAUAGAGCAGGUGCGCUUCGCCAAUUCUGGCACCGAGGCCAAUCUACAUGCUCUGGCAGCAGCCCGUGCAUUCACCAAGAAGCGCAAGAUCGUCACCUUCAGCGGCGGCUAUCAUGGAGCUGUGAUAGGUUUCAAGGGAGGGAAGCCUGAAGACAACAAUGUUGACAUGGACGACUGGAUCGUGGCAAGGUACAAUGACCUUGAGAGUGCCCGCAACGCCAUCGCGAGUGAGGGUGUUGCUGCGGUUCUGGUGGAGGGAAUGCAGGGUUCUGGAGGUGGUCUUCCAGGGAAUCCCGAGUUCCUCAAGGGAAUUCAAGAAGCUGCAGCAAAGGCAAAUACAUUUGGCAAGUGGCUCGGCGGAGGACUUGCUUUCGGUGCUUUCGGUGGCAGAGCAGAUAUCAUGGCAGCCUUUGAUCCCCGACGUCCUGGUGCGCUCGCACACUCUGGUACCUUCAACAACAACACCCUGGUGACACACGCAGGCUAUGCAGGUCUGAGCAAGAUUUACACGCCUGAAGUUGCUGUUCAGUUCACAAACAAGGGCGAUGAGCUGAGAAACAAGCUCAAUGAGGUGACCAAGGGCACCAGAGUGGUCUUUACCGGGCUGGGCACUAUCAUGGGUGUGCACUUCCCCAAGAACGGCACCCGUGUCUUUGAGAGAUCUGGAGAAGUCGAGGAGAUUGACGCUCUAAGGGACCUCUUCUGGCUGGAGAUGAUGGAGGAAGGAUUUUGGCUAGUGCGGAGAGGCUUCAUUGCCCUUGUGCUCGAGACUCCAACAUCCGAGUUUGAUCGGUUCGUGGAAUGUGUCCAGGUGUGGCUUUCCAGGCACGCGGAUAUUGUGAACUGCACUCCUUAA